AUGUCAUCUACAUCAAAAGACAAGGAAAAUUUUGAUAAUGCUAGUUCUACGGAAGCAACACCUCAAUAUGAGAACAAUAGCGUUACCGAAGAUAAUAUCAUAAGUGAACUGUUAUUACAUGAAGAUAUCAGUGAAUGGACGGAAAGAGGGUAUAUUACCCGGAAAGCAAUUCCCGCUUCUUUGACAUAUCUGUUACAAACUUCACUACAGACUGUUAGUGUAUUAGC